AUGCCCUCUUAUGAGCGCCGUCUCUGCAAAUACAGCACAGGAAGCGGUGAAGGGGAAGAAACAGUGACGAUAAUAUUUGUACGGAAAAAUGGGGAACGCGUGACGGUGAGGGCAGAGGUAGGCGAGAAUUUACUCUUUCUGGCCCGAAAACAUGGCGUCGAAAUGGAAGGUGCAUGCGAGGCAUCCCUCGCCUGUACCACCUGCCACGUGUACCUCGAUCAACAGCAUUAUGAUGACCUCGAACCGCCCGUUGAAGCGGAAGACGACAUGCUGGAUUUAGCACCGUUCCUUAAAUCAAACUCGCGUCUCGGUUGUCAGAUCAUCAUCUCCAGGAGCAUGGAUGGGAUGGUAGUCACUUUGCCGCCCGCAACCAGGAACUUUUACGUCGACGGUCACACGCCGGCCGCUCAUUAA